CAUCUUUUUACCAUACAGUGCUAAUCUGUACAUGUACUAUCGAUAAAUCGGUCCCUGCAUAUGUAAUACACAUGAGUCAGCCCUUAUCCAGCGUGCCCGGGCGGGCUUCCAAGGUCGCCCGGAUUCUUGGGAAGGUCAUUAUACAGAACCGUGGAAUUCAUCAUUGAGCUAAGCUUCAUGCCUGAGCUAGCCUACUGUACCACAUGCAGACUUUCGACUGCUAGAUCUUGGCCGAUGGAUGCAUGAAAGCGUUGACUUAUCAGUCGCAUGAUCUUGUCUGCAUUCUACAGAAGCUUAUUCCCCAAAUGGCUGAAUCUGUGCGUCCAAAGCGCGCUGGCGACGAUUUUGCUCGUAUUCAUGACGACACUUCAAAGAAACCGCGAUUUGACUACCGAAAUCCCAGCACUCUCGCCGCUGACGCACCAGAAGAUGAUGUUGUCCUCGAUGCUGAUGUCAUCGGAAAAUCAGGCCGACAGAUCAAGCGGAAUGCCGUGAAUAUCGAUGGCUACGAGUCAGAUUCCGACGAUGACAACUUCAAUUCUCGCGCUGCUGCCAAAGCACGACAGAAGAAGAAUGAAGAAAAGAGUAAAGAUGAGGAGGAUGCCGACAUGUUUGCCGAGGUGGAGGAAGAUCAGCCAGAUGGCGACGAUGACGAGGAGCUCAGGCAGGAAGGCAAGCUAAGAGCGAAGAAUGUGAGGUUCAUGGACAAUACAGAAAUCGAGGGACAAAACAUGGAUAGUACUUCGGGCGGUCGUGUGUCAACUAAUUUUGGCCCGAACGCAGAGGGUGAGCUAUCGGAGCACGAUUCCGAGUCAGAUGAAUCAUCGGGUGAUGAGGAGGAGCGCGAUCAGCUUCCUGCGGAAAUGGAAGAUGACCUCGCGGCAGAGAUUGGUGCAGGUGGCAAGAAGCGACAUGCGCCAAGGUUGGAAGCCUUCAACUUGAAAGCAGAAGAGGAGGAGGGACGUUUCGACGAAUCACUCAAUUUCGUGCGCAAAGCCGUCGAUCCCGAUGCGCUGAAUGACAACUGGCUGGAAGGUCUUAGCAAGAAAGACAUGAAACGGGCGAAAGAAGCUCAAGAACGUCGUGAGAACGACCAAAGGCGCAAAGCCCUCGAGGAUGACGCAGUACUGAGCAGUGAUCUACUUUCGACUUUAAUACAGAAUCUUGAGACCGGAGAGACGUCUCUCGAGGCACUACAGCGGCUGAACAAAGGGAAAACUAAAGAAGCAAAGGUACCACUGUGGAAGCAAAAAAAGAUGCGAGGACAAGCAGAUUCGAAGAACGCGGCCCCAACCGAGGCCGCUGCAGACACACCCGCCGAGGUCGUCAGAAAGCAGGCUGUUGCAGCCAUUACCGGCGCCGCAGAUCGACUUUACACACGUGGCCAGCAUGAUAUCUACGAUGUCGAACGAGAGCUACUGAGACGCCAAUAUCGACGUGAAACGGGCGAAGAUUGGCAAGCACCUGCGGAGACACGUGAGAGCAAUCCAGGGAGCCUCUCUAGUGCUUCGUGGGAGUAUCGAUGGAGCGACGCGCGAGACGGUGGUCAAAAGCAUGGGCCGUACGAUUUGACGAUGAUGAAAGCUUGGAACGAUGCGGGAUAUUUUGGCGAAGGUGUCGAGUUCAAGAGGACGGAUUACACAGAAUGGAGCCGUGUGCUAGACGUUGGCGAAUGAAGUGCGUUGAUACUGGCCUCAAUCGACAUUCACACUGCCAGGCAUACGACCUCCCAAAGAACCCGGCGACCUUCAGUUCCUGAGCGCGCAUUCCGAAUGUGGAUCAUGCGGAAGAUUCUUCGCCCAGACACCUUGUGACUUCGACUCCGUCCUGGAUCAAAAGUGUUAGUAAAAGAUCGGGACUGACGGGAUGGAAAAUUCAAGAUUCUUACCCUUUCGCCUGUCGGCUCGAAGCUUUCCUUCAGCUCGCUCUUAUAAAUCAGGUUCGGGUUACCCUUCCGCUGUCCCUCUUCUGGCGCUGGAGCAUUUCGCUUCUCCUCAACAGAACUUCUCACG